AACUUGGCUCGGAUGCCACCACUGCUAGCUCUUCCCCCUCCCUCUUCAUCCUUCCUGACAUUUACUCCCUUCCCCCAGCCCAUUGGUUACUUCAGGCAGACAGUACGAGAAACCAAGCAAUCACGACGCUGUUUUCAGAAGCCGGCACGCGGAACCGGUCACAUCCGACCAAUAGGGGCCCUUGGAACGGCCGCGCCUCAACCAGGCUGGGGAGCUCAGGCCCAGUGGGCGGCGCUUCUCAAGAUAGCUUGUGGGCGGGGGAGGGCGGGGACCAGCAGCCGCAGAGGCGUCGUUGGCGGCGGCGGCGGCGACGACGUCGUUCAGUCUUUGGGGUGGGCUCGGCGGCGCAGGCUGGACUGCGUGGAGGGCUCGGCGGUCAGCGGCAGCGGCAUUGGGGAGGCCGCUGCGCCAUGAGGGAGCGUUAGAUCGGCUCCGGAGGGCGAGGCGAGGGGCGGCAGCGGUCAUCUGGUCCGGGGCGACCUUCGGUCGGGCCCGGGGGUGGGAAGGCCUGGGGCGGGGGUCGUCCCUGGUUGCGCUGGGCAGUGGGGCGGGGCUAGCCGGCCGUCGGGGUACUGGAGGCCUGGGUCGGUGCAAGGAGAAGGCGCUGUCGGCCGCCAGGCCCUGUCGCCGGGCCGUUCGACGACGACGCUCCCGCGGGGGCCCCACCUGAGAAGGACGCGGCGGCGGCGGCGGAGAGGCCGCGGGAGGCCGCGGAGGAUGGAGGAGCGGAAGGAGGAGGGCGAGGCCGAGAUCCAAGAGCACGGGCCCGAGCACUGGUUCUCCAAGUGGGAGCGGCAGUGCCUGGCCGAGGCCGAGCAGGACGAGCAGCUGCCACCCGAGCUGCAGGAGGAGGCAGCGGCCGCCGCGCAGCCCGAACACAAGCAGCAGAAGCUGUGGCACCUCUUCCAGAACUCGGCCACCGCCGUCGCUCAGCUCUACAAAGACCGAGUGUGUCAGCAGCCAGGACUUUCUCUCUGGGUCCCCUUCCAAAACGCAGCCACCGCCGUCACCAACCUCUACAAAGAAAGCGUGGAUACCCAUCAACGAAGUUUUGAUAUUGGAAUUCAGAUUGGCUAUCAGCGACGCAAUAAGGAUGUGUUGGCUUGGGUUAAAAAACGCAGAAGAACUAUUCGUAGAGAAGAUUUGAUCAGCUUCCUGUGUGGAAAAGUUCCUCCACCACGAAACUCUAGAGCUCCCCCAAGACUGACUGUAGUGUCCCCUAACCGAGCUACUUCAACGGAAACUAGCUCAUCUGUAGAGACUGAUUUGCAACCCUUCCGGGAAGCCAUAGCUCUGCAUGGUCUUAGUGGUGCAAUGGCUAGUAUAAGCGUGCGUUCGAGUACCCCAGGCUCUCCUACACAUGUAAGCAGUGGAUCGAAUGCUAGUCGAAGGAGAAAUGGACUCCAUGAUGUCGAUUUGAACACUUUCAUAUCAGAAGAAAUGGCACUCCACUUGGACAAUGGUGGAACUAGAAAGCGUACCUCAGCCCAGUGUGGCGAUGUCAUUACAGACUCACCAACCCAUAAACGCAACAGAAUGAUCUAAACUGCAAACAUUUUCACACCCACCAUGCUGCUUGAAAGCCACUUGAUCCUCAACAUAUACUAUAAUUGCAAAGGAAACAUGAGGCCAUCUUCCCUUGUUCACUGUUUAAGACAAGUGAAUUCUAUAGUGGUUGCCAUAAAAGGAAGUUGUAGGUAUUUACAGUAGAUGCCUCUUGUAACUAUGGCUUUCUUAAAACUAUAAUCCUAGCAGAGGACAUCAGAUGUUGUGUAGUCGUUAGCAAGAUCAUCAUAGGCAAACAUAUAUCCGUUCCAAGGCUAAAAGUGACCUUAACUGUAUUUAUUCUCAAAGGGAAAGGAAAUAUCAGAUGUUUAUUUGGUUAUAGAAGGCUUUCUUUUUUUUUUUUUUUGGGGGUCCAUUUCCUGCUGUGUUGAGUAUUUUGCUUCCACAGUGUUGCCAGGUUCCUAAAAUUAUCUAAAAACAUGAUUUGGCUUCCAUUUUUGCAGCUGCACUGUACCAUGCACCUGGUUUCUAAAUAGCAACAGUGUGCAACUGUAAUUAUUGGACUGUGCCCUGUUUAGUUUUCAAAGCAGUUUCUAAUUCUGGUGAUUGCGUGAUGUAAAGAGGUGCUGUGAUGGUCAUGCAGUUCAUACUUAAUACUGAAUCAGUGCACAGAGCUUUAUUGGAUUCACUUUGUAUGUGCCAGUGCUCUAAAGUAGCAGUGUUAUUAAAUUGCCCCAGGUUAACCCUGUAGGCCUCAAGCACUCAGUUUUAAGACAAAACACUACUUCCUAUGUGGGGUACUUGACUUAUGGUAAAUGUAAACAUGUAGACUGCAUUUGAGGUGACCUAAAGUAGAGAGGUUAUGAACUUUGAGAAUGGGCUUCCUUUUUGGUUCAGUAUUAGUGAGAGGGAGAGGGAGAUGAAUAGUGAGGUAGGUUUUCUAGUCUAUCAUUUUACAUUUUUCAUGGAGGCCCUGCUUAGUGCAGUUUCCACUGGAGUGGGCAGAAGAUGAUAAAGCUCUCUUUUAUCUACUAAUAAUGUGAUUGCAACUUAAAAUAGCAAAACUCAACUCUCCCUGUCCCUCCAAUCCCUCUCGUAAAAAGUUCAGUUUGGAAUCUCAUUCUGGAAAAGAUGGAAUCGCAUGGAGAUUCUCAAGCUGUUAGGUAGACCUAAAUAAAAGUUCUCAAUAGAUUCCUCUUUUGAGUAAAUAUAAGACCUCUUGUAGCUACAAUGUUUUAGAGCAUGUUUCAUCUUCAUUUUUAAUAUCCUGAACUGAAUGAUAGUGUUUUUUUUAGAUGAAGAACUGAUGUCAGCCUGCCAGGUACUGUAAUUUAUUCUAUCAUAUUAUUAUAUUAUAUAUCAAGUAGGACAGUGAAAAAUGUUUCCUUGCAAACUUGUAGUCCAGUAUCAGUUACUUCCUAUUUUUAUCCUUAAAAGACCUUUGCAAAUCAGUGUAAGGGUUUUUCCAGUAAUUACUCACAGCACUUUUGUUAAAGUUUGCAAUUUCUUCAGCCAUUUAAUAAUAUCUUUCUGUGAAGAAACUCUGCUAAGUUAACCAUAAAUACUCAUUCAUUGACUGGGUGGGAUGUGAAUGGAAUGUUAGAAGUGUUGUGUGAAUUGAAGUUCUGUAUUCAUUGUAGAUGUAGCCCUUAUUUAAAAAGUGAAUUCCAUACUAAAACUAGGAAUGAAAGUGAGGUAUUUCUAAAUUUUUGCAAAAGUGGAUCAUUUUUUGUUUGACUAUAAUAGCAGGAAGAAUUAUAGCAACCUGUCAUUUUACCUGAAACAGACAAGCCUUUGUGUUAUGAAUACUUUGAAGCUUCCCUUUGGAAUAUACAAGACAUGCAUUUGGAGUUACCUUUGUUUUUCUAUCAUUGUAAAUUUAGAUUCUGGAAUUGGGGUUUGGUGGUACAAUGUGUUGCUCACAAGUGGCCAAGAACUCCUAUUCCUAAAGGAUAUUGAGAUUGAGGAACACAAACUUAAUUCCCCUUUAUGCCUUGGUUCUCGUUCCUCUUUCCAAGUUGGAAAACAGUUUUUUUGUUAUUUUGUUUAAGUUGGUGCUCUGAAGCUUACUCUCAGUACCCUUUACUCUGAAUUGUCAAAUUUUGGUAAAACAUGUGCCAUUUUCUUUGGUAAGAGAAAAGCAGGUCUUAAUGUCUGCCAGAACACAAUUUAUAUGCCUUAAUGGCUUCAUUAAACUUUUACAAAACCUUAGCAUUUGUUACUUUUUUCCAUUGCAUUUACUCUCAAAUGCACCUGAUGCAUUUGCCACCCAGUUGCAACUUUUCCCUUCUCUGUCCCAUUGCUCUCUUCUGUUCUUCCAUGCACAGAAUAAACAAGCUCUCUUGUAGAAGGGUGAUGAUUUCUCUUAGGAAAACUUAACUUCUGACAGCUAGGUUUUUGAAGUGUUUGCCUGGGCUAGUUUAGAUGCUAAAGAAAGAAUGAAAGAUUGCAUACCUGUGUGGUACUUUAAGAACAAGUUGACUUUUUCAGUUUCUUGAACAGUUUAGGCUGGAUUUAAAGACUAAAUACUGUAGUUUGGGGGAACAGAACCUCUCUUCGUCUUAAGCCAGAUUCUCUGAUUCUUUUAGACAUUCAUAGUUCAUUAGUUCUGCUCCUGUUGCCCUUACUUGGCAUGGGUGGGUUGAGGUUCAUCCUUAGACUGCAGCGUUCUGAGCAUGGCUGAAGUAUUAUAAUGUUUAAUAUUUUAUAGAGCAAACCUACUGGAAAGCAUUUGGCUGAAUCUAAAGACCUGCAGUCAGAUUCUUCAAUGUGGUUUACCCAACUGGAGUAGUGAUACACACCUUAAUCAUAAAAUGAAUAAAAACAGAAAAACCGUG